UUUUUCUGUUAUUAAAGAAAAGAGUGGUGGGCCUUUUCGUCAAUUUAAAAUCGGGUCAAUAACGGAGAGAUAACUCAUCCGGCGAUCUUAGCCGGUGAGACAAUCUCAGAUCUACCCAAAAAACCUGGAAUUUCGCAUCGAUCUGAGGACGAUGGAGGAAGAAGACAAGACUCAGUCUCAACAAUCUCCGCGAGAUGCCCUCUCACCAGCUCCGAUUUUGCCUACGAGCAACGUCACGGUGGCCUCUGCAACGAAACCCCCUCCCUCCUCCUCCUCUCAAUCUCCGUUGGCUUUGGUAGUUCAGACUCCUUCCGUCAACAGAAACGGACGAAUCGGCGGAGGCGGAGGCGGAGGAGGAAGAGACGAUUGCUGGAGCGAGGAAGCGACGAAGGUUCUAAUCAACGCGUGGGGGGAUCGAUUCUCGGAGCCGGGGAAAGGAACGUUGAAGCAGCAGCAGUGGCACGAAGUGGCUGAGAUCGUGAACGAGAGUGGUCAAUGCAAGUACGCCAAAACAGACGUUCAGUGCAAGAACAGGAUCGAUACGGUUAAGAAGAAGUAUAAGCAAGAGAAGGCCAAGAAUGGGCCUAGCAAAUGGGCCUUCUUCAAAAAGCUCGAGUCUUUGAUCGGUGGUGGUGGCAAUGCUCCGGUGGGCGCACGUAGCUCGGGUCCAAUGAGGUGGCAUUUCAGGAAACGGAGUGCUUCCGAGACUGAGUCUGAGUCUGAGUCUGAACCUGAGCACUCAGCUGAGAAUCUCCCUCCAACGCAACCGUUGCCGAAGCGGUUGAAGAUGGGUGAGUCAGGAGUUGGAGAUGUGGCUAAGGCCAUACUUGGGUUCACUGAGGCGUAUGAGAAGGCGGAAACUGCUAAACUUAAGCUGAUGAUGGAGUUGGAGAAGGAGAGGAUGAAGUUCGCUAAAGAGAUGGAGUUGCAGAGGAUGCACUUCUUGAUAACUCAGGUGGAGAUAACGCGGACCAAUCAAGAAGAGGAGAGGAGCAAGCGUGACGGUGAUGAUGAUGAUCGCAAUGUCAAGAAUAAUGGCGAUGUAAGUAGCUGACUUUUGAACACAGAAUGUUUUAUGAUAAUUUGAUAUGAUUAAAAAAAUUUAUCUAGAUUGCUGGCUUAGCGUUUGAUGUUGCUGUUGUUGUACUUUGUGGGAUAUGUAAAUGUAGAAGUUUAUUGCAGGGGUUCAGAGAACUGUGAUGACCAUCAUCAUCAUGUUGCUGUGUUAUGUUAUCUUGUCUGAAACAAGAGUAAGCUUAGAAUCA